AAUGCUUGACAAUAGUGGUGAAGACGACAUCAACGACAAUAAUUAUGGCACUAUUAUCUGCUAAACCAUACACGAGACUACCGAUAGUGUCGGUCUUAUUCAUUAUAUGGUUCGUUAUCACCAUUCAACAGGUCCUCACAUACGAUGUCAUCGACAAGUGUCAGCAAUCAUGUGACCGACUUGUGAAUCUCGAAGAAAACGUAUUUGAUAUAGCAUGCAAUGAAACAUGUAAAUUAAACCAGUGUUGGAUUGGAUGCCAAAGUUGGACUAAAGCCCAGUCAUCGUGUACUCAGGCCUGCAAUGACUCGACUACUGUUAACAAUUGGGUGCUGUAUUGUGUGUUGGGCUGCAAUCACGCGCUCAGUGUAUAUAUCGAUAAAAUCAAGUCAGAAGUGGGGACACCAUUGGCGCCAUAUCUGGUGGCCGAUACGCUGACCAACGAAUCGUUGACCAUUGAAUGGAAGCGAUCCUCAUAUGACAACAUCACAUAUCUGGUGCAAUGGAGAUAUGAACAGUUAGGUGGAGACUGGAACUACUAUAUGCCGGACACACCGCUCAAUACUAGUCGUGUAGAAAUCAAAGGUCUUAAGGCGUACACUGAGUAUAGGUUUCGAGUGGAAUGGAUUGUCUUCCAAGAGUACGGUAUGACACUGUUUUCGCACCAGAGUGUCGACAUCCAUACGCUGGCAUAUGGUGUGCCAUCGACGGCGCCCACCAUAACCAGUGCAGUAGCAGUCAGCGCUACCCAGAUCUCUGUUAGCUGGGAGGCGCCCCGUUUUCCAAACGGUCCCAUCAUUUCCUAUGCCCUAUAUAUCAGUGAAUAUCCAAACGGUACGGCCGUUGUCAAAGAUUUACCGAAUUCACACACAAGUGAUGCACACUUACAGAUGAGACAUAACAAGUCUCUGCAUUAUAUGUUUAAUGGAUUGAAAGCCAAUCAAACAUAUAAUAUAUCAGUUCUGACCCGAAAUAAUUUCGGUGAAGGACCUAAAGCACAGACUAAUGUUACAACACUUGAGUCAAAUAUAUAUAACAUUUAUGAUAAUGAGUCAACUACUAUACCGGAGCUCAUACUGGCCACCGAUAAGGUGGUGCUCCGCCGCGAUCCUGAGUUUCCCAUUGAUGGCGAUGUCAUAUUCAGGAUCAGUGACUAUUCAAAGACGGCUGAUAUAAAUGGAUUGGCCGUUCAUGUUCAGCAUAAGUAUCUCUUUGUGUCGGACACAUCGGGAACUGUGCGCCGCAUUUCUCUAAAAGACGAUAAUAACAAACAGAUGCGGACUAUUGUGCGAAACCGCAGUCAAAAACCGUCCCAUUUGUCGGUCGAUUGGUUGGCCGAUAAUCUGUAUAUGAUUGAAGAAAAUAAGAUCAGUCGCUGCAAUCUCGAUGGCGAACGCAUGGAAUCGGUUGUCACCGGUUUCAAGACAAGACCAGCAGAUAUGAAAGUCGAUCCAUACAAUGGAUAUCUGUAUUGGCUGUCCAUAAGUGAUGUAAACAUUGCUAGUCUUUACCGAAUCGAUUUGGCGCUCAUUGCCAACGAUGUUAUGGCUUAUAAUUACGGAAAUCUCAUACUCCAGGAGUCAUCUAUCAGUACAUUUGCCGUAGAUUUUAUCAAUUAUAGACUCUAUGCGCCCAUCAGUCGGGAGGCGUCAAUCUUUUCCAUUGCUAUCGAUGGCAACGAUCGGGUAAAUGUCAGACAAAACUCUCAGCGGAACGAUAUUCUGGAAAACAUCGAAAAUCUAGUUGUCUUCAGAAAUCGUUUUUUCUUUACAAAAACCAAUGAAGUGUUCAGUGAAGAGUAUGACAAACAAAAUGACAAAUACCAUCACAGCUCCACUCAAAUUGAUGCCAACUCAUUGGUCUCAUUGUGUGUCUUAGACUACGAGAGUCAGCCCUAUCCCAUACCAUUGAAUCCCGUAAAGAAUGUUGAGGCAAUCUUUUUGGACAGAUUUGCCAAAAUUGUUUGGGAAAAGCCAGACCUGUUGGGUGACAAAGGACAGGGAGCGUGGCAACAGUGGUCAUAUGAGGUCAGCAUUGAAGAAACCGAGUCAAGGGUUACAUUUUUCGAUAAGGGCCUAACCCUCACCUAUUGUGAGGCCUUUGAACUCAAUCCGGACACGGAAUACAAUAUCAGAGUCAGGGCUUAUAGUAGGGCUGGUAAUGGCUCGUGGAGUCAGGCGUUUCACGGAAAGACAUUGCAUUCAAUAGCCAAGGGGUCGAGAUUUCCGUUCGCACUCUGGAGCACAAGGGAAGGGGUCCUCAAGUCUAACAUUGUUGGCGAUAGAGUCGAACAUUUGGUCCACAGGAUGAACAUGAAUGGUAGUACAGUUAAUGAUAUUACAUGGUAUAGAGAUUUAGUAUUUUUUAACGGCGAAAACAAUAUCUACAUAUAUAACCUAACAUCUCACGCAUCCCUGACCACAAUGAACAAUAUUACCGGUGCGUCCAGUAUUGCUGUUGAUUGGAUGGCACCCAAGUUUUAUUGGUCGAGUCCACAACAAAGAAUGAUUUCCAGAUCCAAUCUGGACGGCAGUCAAUCAGAGCCCCUACCGAUUAUGACUUUUGCCAAAGAGAUAGCCAUAGACUCGAUCAGGGGUUAUAUUUAUUGGGCUACCGGUUAUAGUGUAGAGUUUUGUCGGCUCAAUGGUAUGGAACGAAACAAAUACUUUGAGACCAAUCUGUUCACUGGAAAACACAUAAUGGGUUUAACACUAAAUCUCGACAAAAAACUCAUAUUUUGGAUACUCAGAAGCUAUGAAUCGGUGGUACUAUACAGCGCACAUCUGGCCAAUCGUGAGGGUGAUAAUGCCAACUAUGUAUCGCAAACAAUUCAAGUUGUCGGCCAUUUACCCGAAACUCAUUUGAGAGGACCGCUGUCCUACUAUAGCGACCGUAUGUUUUGGUUGGAAGAGCAACAAAAUCAUGCGCUGAUUAGCGGUGAGAAUGGCGAAGAUUUUGCUGUUCUUAAAGGAUUAGGUCUUAACGAUAUCAAUACAGUGGCUGUCGUGGAUCCAUCUCUACAACCAAUUCCAUCAGAAUUUACAUCAAUAAGCGAAGUCCAAGUAAUACCCAAUGAUCUCAAGGAAGAGGAUAUCAAACUGACCGGAGUUUGGGAUAAUUUUACGAUAUUCUGGAAAAAGUGUGAAAAUGUAAACUAUAAUCAGGUUUUCUAUGAGUUGGUCAUUGAAGAUAAUUAUCAGAGUAGCAGACAGUCUCUUAUAACACAAAAAACCAAAUAUCCGUAUCCAAUGGUCACCCAUUUGCCGCCGUAUUCAAAGAUCAAGUUAGCUAUACGAGCCUUCACUUACUGGGCCUCAUCCAAGCAGACAGUCAUAGAGCUAUACUCACCAAUGUCUACACCAUCCAAACCAUCCAAACCGAGAAUAUUUAUUAAUUACGAACGAUCGACAUAUGAUAACUCAAUUGAGAAAAUUCACGCCGAAUUUCGGUGGUCACCACCCGAACAGCCAAACGGUGUUAUACUGGGAUAUACAGUGUACGCCUGGUCUAUACAAUCCGGACAUAAAAAUAUCGAAGUGGAAAAUGCAAAAGUCUACGGACAGACAAAUCAAAUCUAUUUAAGUGAUCUGAAAUUAAAUACGACAUACUAUUGUCAGGUACAGGCUUUCACUGAAGCAGGUGAUGGACCACCCAGUGAUGUGAUUGGCGCUCACAGUUCAGAUGAACAUCCAGUUCCACGAUUGUUGGUCACAAAAACCGAUUCAAUACGAAUGGCUGACAUUGAUUCGCACGAAGAAAACAUUCUGACCACCAAAGCUAUAGUUCCCAUUUCAGUCACUUAUAUUAGUAAAGAAAAUCUUAUGUUUUGGGUCGAAGAGGACGGUAUAAUCAAGAAGUCCUAUUUAGAUGGCUCUAACAUUACGAUUAUCUAUCAGAUGCCCACUCGUGGCAGUACUUUGACAAUCGAUUGGAUCAGUAGACACUUGUAUUGGUCGGAAAGUGACAAUUCGCCAAAAAGUACUAUUUGGUCGUACGAUUUGAAUGACCCGAACGCCAGACCAGUUUUAAUUACAUCAAAGAAUAAUGUAGAUAUCGGUACACUAGAAGUGGAUCCAUUUACCAGUACUUUAAUCUGGACUGAAAUGUUAAGUGAAAGUCAGGGUCAGUUGAAGAUGUGUAGCACCAAAAACUUUGCCACACCUUCUCUGGCCACAAAUGUUCGGCUAUUUUUCCAGCAAAACAAACCGCGAACCAAACGAGAUGUGAUGACUGACUCUUGUAAUUGUGCAGCACAUCCAGUGAUCGGUAAGGCGCUGACCAUUGAUCGAUCCAAUUAUGGCAAAAGCGAGCUUCUCUGGUAUGACCUAAAGUAUCAUAGAAUUAUGGCCAGCGAUAUGACGGGUUGCAGGUGUCGAGUAGUGCUCAACAGUACAUACGGAUUUCCGCCGACAUCGUUGACUGUGGACAACGAUUAUAUCUAUUGGUCUAACUCUACUUUAGGUAAUAUCUACAAAGUGGCCAAAAAAGACUCCAAGUUUAACUCGCAAUCGUCGACAGCGGCCACCACUCCGAUGAAAGCAUUGCCAACAAAUAUGCUCAACAUUUUGCAGACCUCGAAUGAACCACUUUUGGUCAUUUCCGAGAUUGCAAACGGUGUUCACGAUAUCAAAGCGCUUAGCGAUCACCUUCAGCCCUAUCCACACUUUGAAUGUCUUGUGCCCAUUGAAUAUCACGAAACGGUCCGACUAUUAGACUUUACGGCUCACAGUUUGACAAUAUCUAUGCAAGAGGUUAGACGUCCAUUAGGUUGUUCAAGAAUAUCACUGGCAUCUGUCAAGUAUACCAUCUUUUACGGUAAAGUCCUACCCGAUGGCCACUAUGAAUGCGGUUUGAGUUUAAGAGGCUGUAAAACUAUUGAAACGUACAACAAUACCGUUACCAUCACUGGUUUGGAACCGUUUACAAACUAUACAAUACGGGUAGCAGUGAGGAACUACUAUACCAACAACAAUACCAUUAGUCUUCCGGGUCCACCCGUCAACUUUGGAACAGCUGAGUCGAGACCAUCGCCUCCCAGAAACGUUGUCGCAAAAGUUGAAACACCAUUGAAAAUAGUGGUCGCGUGGGAACCGCCAGAGAAACCUAAUGGUCAUCCAAUUAUUUAUGAGAUGCGUUGGUAUUCAUCGAAAGAUCACGAUUUGCGUAAAGCUAUGUAUACUAAGCGACCAAAUAUGACCCGUUAUGGCUAUAAUGACCGGUUCAUUAUGAGAUUAACCGAAGGCAUCAAACCUGGUCUUGACUAUCACAUAACAAUCCGCGCCUAUUCUAGCGAUGGCCUCUUUUAUAGUGACAGCAAUGAGGUUACGGCACAAACAUAUAAAUUACCAAACGAUGUAUAUUUGGUUGAAAAGGGCAGUCGUUUUCUGAUAGUGUGUUGGGAGUCAUCCUAUUCUGACACCAAUAUCUCGGAAAUUGGCGAACACUCUUUACAAUAUACAAGUGUUGACGAAAAUGGAUUGACGCCAUGGAUUGGAGGAAAGUUGGUUAAUAAAACACAGCCAUCGACUAAAUAUGUGUUCACAAUCACAAACCUGUUGCCAAAUACUGAAUACGCCUUUCGAAUGCUUCUUACAUACCGAUCCACAACAGCAUUAUUUAUAUGGCCUGAAAACGAUAGGUUCUCUUUCCGAACACUGGGAGACGCACCGGAAAUACCCGAUCGACCAAAAGUCGAGGACAUACCUGACGUUAGACAACCCUUGUAUAAAGUUUCGUGGAAUCGGAUCAAUGGAAAUGGAGCACAAAGUUUAUGGUAUAAUCUGUGGUACAAAAUACAAGACAACGACAUCAACACUGAUAGCACUGACAGCCAUAACAGUAACAGCAAUUGGAUCAUUGCGUUCAAUGGCACCGAAAAUUACUGGUACGUCGACAGUACCCGAUUGUCAACCGAUAGAGAUGUCGUGUUCAAAGUGGCCGCGUUUAGCGAGUUUGGUGGCAGUAAUUUCAGUGAUCUGAGUCAACCAUUACGACUGACUAUAGAUGUGCCAGAAGAAGAUGUGGCCUCUAUGUUGGUCGCCAUUUUGGGCGCAGUAUUCUUUGUAAUCAUAGUUUUGAUGAUAUUAUGCACCGUUCGUCGACGUCAAGUACAGGAACAGAAAAAGAAGUCAUUCGGCGAUAAUAUAAUUCACAGAAAUAACAUGGAAUUGGUUCCAUGGCCUGAACUGCCCGGACAUCCACACCUAACAAAUACUCUUUACAUUAACAGCAACUUGGAAUCAGACCCCGAGUUAAUGGCUAUUAAACGUAUAGCCAGAGAUCAGAUUUCUGAAACCAAUUUACUCGGUUCGGGUAAUUUUGGCGAAGUCUUUGAGGGCAAAUGGCUUGAGAUUGUCAACAAUGAAUCGCUGGUCACCAAAGUUGCCAUAAAAACUCUGAGAAAAGGCGCCACAGAUAAUGAUAAGACUAACUUUCUAGAAGAGGCCAAACGUAUGGCCGGUUUCAAACACCCGCAUAUCAUACAACUGUAUGGUAUCUGUUUGGACGCCAAUCUGAUAUCAUUGGUACUCGAGCUAAUGGAAGGGGGGGAUCUGCAAAAAUAUUUAAGAGAUAACAGACCCAUGAAUGGUAUCCCCAGUUCGCUAACAAUGCAAGACUUGGUCAACAUUUGUACGGAUGUGGCAAAAGGUUGCAAAUAUCUCGAAGAACGGCAUUUUAUACAUCGAGAUCUGGCGGCUCGUAAUUGUCUUAUUUCAAGUUUUGAUCCCAAGACACGUGUUGUCAAAAUCGGCGACUUUGGAUUAGCUCGCGAUAUCUAUAAGAAUGAUUAUUACCGACCGGAUGGCAAAAGCGCACUACCAGUGCGAUGGAUGUCACCUGAAUCUCUUAUUGACGGUGUCUUUACAUCCCAGAGUGACGUUUGGUCAUUUGGUGUACUUCUAUAUGAAGUACUAUCACUGGGAGAACAGCCAUAUCAGAUAAAAAGUCACAUACAGGUGCUUGAAUAUGUCAGAUGUGGCGGCAUAUUAGAGCAGCCUAUUAACUGUCCCGAUGAAAUAUAUCGUUUAAUGAAACGUUGUUGGAUUUACGAUCCCGAGGAUAGACCUAAUUUCUUCGACUGUCUCGAAGAGUUGGAAAAUAUUAUGAAAAAUAUAUCGGGAUAUAAAACGGUGUUAACAGCCGUACACAAUCAAAAUUAUUUAUUUAACCGCGGAUUUGAUAACCCCGGCUAUAAUGAAGAUGAGAGACAGGCAGGACAUUCAUUACAGAUGAUGAAAAACUCUAGAAGUUCUUCAGCACAGAGCUGUUCCAGUAGUUCAACGUUGAGAAACAGUGUCUAUCAAAAUGGUCACAUAAAAUAUGAAGAGCUGGUGACCAAUGAUGAGUGUGCCUUCACUGACGCCGAUGGAUAUCAGAUCCCGAUUAGCAAAUCGCCGCUUCAGGCGACGGCUUCAGUUGACGAUAAAAGCAAACUAUUGAAAACAGUUAACCAAAUUGUUGUACUUAACGGUAAUGAUAAUAAUAACAGUACCCGAACCAGACAACAGCCGACGGCAAGUGUCCGCCGAAAACAAGUGACUGAAUCGACCAGAAGUUGUUCGCCGCCACCGACUUAUUCACAAUUAUUCAAAGCAAAUGAAGUCACGCUAAACAACGAUUUGAAUAAUUAUGAAAACGGUGUAAACGGUUUGAUGGUCACCACAGCAGGACAAGUGGCUGCUGCGGCCGGCAAUAUGCGACCAAUCAGUGGUCACCAGAGCCUGAAUCCAAGUCAUGAUAAAACCAAAAACUGUCUUCUAGUCAUCAAUGAUAACAAACCAGAGUCGACGCUAACUAAUAAUCAAUUAUCACUACAUCCUUCUUCGCUGUCAUCAUCACCCAUAUCUUGUUCGACAUCGACAUCGAGUUCGUGUUCACCAAUCAUAGCGGGCGCUCUGCUUAAGAGUCAACCGACUUUGUAUAUGUUGUCACAACCAUCGCGACAGAUCACCGAAACAAAGUAUUGCUUCAAUAACUCUGGUGUUCGUAAAGUUGCCAAAAGUUUGGCCACCAGUUCGGUGGAGACGUCUGAAGAGGACUACGACACCGAUUGCGAUACUGAGACCAUUGCGGCCAACGAUAUGUUUGCCAAUAUGUCCAGUGAUAACAAUAAUACUAACUAUAAUCAGAAUCAUAGGCCAUCGCCACCGAUGGUCACAACUAUUAUCAAUGCAAACACCAGAAGCACAAUCAUUCCUAACGCAGUAAACAAAUCGAUAACGGGUUAUACAAAUCCAUUAAUUAAUGGUAAAUGCAAUGAUCAACAAAAUCAAAGUAAAUACGCUCUGAUUACUCGACUCGAGACAAACCAGACAUUUCCUACUAAUACUACUAACCAUCCCUUCAAUUACGAUGACAACUCUUCGUGGUGUUGAUACUCAUAAACACAUACCUAAUCUUUUUUAAACUAAACUAACGUUCCCUAUGUUUCACACCAUUAUCAAGACUUCAUCGUCAUCUAAACCAUUGUUUUAUAUC